AUGAAGGAAGGCGGAAGGGGAAAAAAGAACAAACUAUAUAAGAACCCUUCUUUUUGGCUAUCAGCAGAGGUAGAGGAUAACCUCACUUUUGCCGGUCCUGAUGCCGCCAAUACUCGAAGAUCAGCAGUUGGUGAUUAUCAGAGGAGAAAGGGAAGAUCAAACCAAAAGAAGCAGAAGAGAAGAAGCGCAUUGAUGAAGAUAAAGCCAUUCUCAAACAAUUCAUCCGAGCCAAAUCCAUUCCAAGCUUGUAAUUGA